UUUACCUUUUAUAAUUUAUUCGGUUUUUACUUUUUUUACCUCUAAUUCUGCAAAUAGACUUAAAAAAACUAAUGACUCCAUUCCUUUAUGUAUUAAUAUGUAACCUUUCUUCCCUAUAUUUCCUAUAUCAUAAAUUCCUUUUUAAUCUUAAUUUCUUAACUCUUAAAACUCUCUUAUACUUCUUUCUUUUAAUUUUGAUUUGUAAUUUUAUAUUAAUCUUUUCUUAGACAAAAAGAAUUUUUUUAAAAAAAAGCGAAAUUAAAUAUUUGGAGAGUUUCCUAUACCACAUUCACAACUUUACAAAUCUGUUUUCUAAACCUUUUUUAGACUUAUUUUACAAAUAAUUCUACGGGGGACAUUAUUUUUUUAUUACCUAUAUAUAUCAUACGUAUGUUAAAAAUAUCAAAAAUUUUUACAAAGAAAAAUAAAUAUUUAUUUGCUUUUUUUUGUUAAUAAUUUUGAUACACUGUUAUCAUAUUA